AGCCUAUUCUUGGUAGGGGCUAUUAAGAAGGGGUUGUAUGUUGAUUCAGUCUAGAGGAAGAAGAGACAUUUAACCAACAUUGAUUAACAAGCAGUUUGUUUUGAUCUAUCAGUGUGUGGCUCACAGCUCAGCUAAUCAUUUAUAAGGCAGAGAUCGAGAAUUUGGAGGAUCGGUGUCUGGCCUUGUCAUAGGAUAACACGGGCUUGGGUAAAACUCCACAUUGUAAGUCCCUUGGAGAAUUGCAUUUAUUGAAAUACAAUUUGACCUCAGUCUUUUGGCCUGCCUUCGGAAUUAGCUCUACAAAUCUUGCUUUACUGCUUUGAAGGUUAAGGGUAAGAUGUUCCACUUACAAGGCCCACAAGUGCUGCAGAUGCUAGAGAAAUCAUUGAGGAAGAGCCUCCCAGAGUCCUUAAAGGUUUAUGGGACUGUCUUCCACAUGAACCAAAGAAACCCAUUCAAGCUAAAGGCCCUGGUGGACAAGUGGCCUGACUUUACAACAGUGGUUAUCCGACCUCAGGAGGAGGAAAUGACAGAUGAUUUUGAUCACCACACCAACACCUACCAAAUCUAUUCUAAGAAUCCCCCAAACUGUCAAGAAUUCCUUGGCGCAUCGGGUGUCAUCAACUGGAAACAACAUUUGCAGAUCCAAAGUUCACAGUCCAGCCUGAACGAAGUGAUACAAAAUCUUGCAGCUGUUAAACUGGUCAAGGUCGAGCAACAACAAGGCAUUAUGUAUAUGUUGCCCGAGAGAGCAAGUAAACUGGUCCCUUCCUUGCUGGAGGCAAAGAACUUACCUCUUAAAUCUGGCAGAUGCAAAGUCAUCAACCAAGAGAUGUUUCAACUCUCCUCCCUGGAUGUUACCCACGCUCCGUUGGUGAAUAAAUUCUGGCAUUUUGGGGGCAAUGAGAGGGGCCAGAGGUUCAUUGAGUGCUGCAUCCGGAACUUCCCCACCUUCUGCCUGCUGGGGCCCGAGGGGACCCCUGUGUCCUGGAGCCUGAUGGACCAGACAGGCGAGAUACGGAUGGGGGCUACUGUGCCUGAGUACCGGGGCAAGGGUCUUAUCUCCUAUCUCAUGGAUGUUCACAACCAUGCUCUGGACAAACUUGACUACCCUAGCUAUUACCAUACAGUCGUGACCAACAAAAUCAUACAGAAAAUUAGUCACAGUCUGAAUCAUAUCACCCUGCCCUGUAACUGGAACCAGUGGCACUGUGUGCCACUGUGAAGCAAUCCUGAGCACAAGACUGAGUUGGGUGGGCUGAUGUGGCAGGAUAAGUGGAUGGGUGGACAGGGAGAAAGAACAAAUUGUAAUCAGCAGUAAAGUGGUGUGUGUUGUCUGGGCUCUGAGAAGAGUACAAAUGGUCAACAGAACCACCACAGUCCCUGUUCUCAAACCAGGUCAACAGAACCACCACAGUCCUUGUUCUCAAACCAGGUCAACAGAACCACCACAGUCCUUGUUCUCAAAACAGGUCAACAGAACCACCACAGUCCCUGUUCUCAAACCAUUCAUGUCUGGAAGAUCUGGCAUGGCCAGACCUUCCUGCGGCAGACCCCGGUCUUGUUCUGUUUCCUACACUUCUGGAUCUCAGUGAUACUCUUUUCAGCUACAUUCUGCCCUCCUGCUUCUCCUGGAUCUCCUAUCUUACAAGCGAGGUAUUGCUAAUAAGCAUAUCCUGCCACUUUUGCCAGGAUGUGACAUUAUCUUAAGGGUAGUAUAAUUUUCCUCUCUCUUGCCUUUACCCUCCCUCUCCCUGCCCUACCCUCAGCUAGCUUCACUGAGGUCUAAUUCACAAAUAACACUGUAAUGUAAAGUGUAAAAAGUGGUGAUCACACACACACACAUACACACACACAUUGUGAAAGACUUCCCACAACCAAGUGGAUUAAAAUUACCUGACCAUAUAUACAUGGGUUUAUUUCUGGGCUCUCUAUUCUGUUCCAGUAAUUUAUGGUCUGCUUUUAUGCUGAUAUCAUACUCUUUUGAUUAUUAUAGUUUUGUAACAUAGUUAGAAGUCAGGAAGUAUAACGUCUCCUGCCUUGUUUUUCUUUCCCAACAUCUUUUUGGUAUUUGGGGUCUCUUAUGGUUCCAUACAAAUUUUAGGAUUAUUUUUUCUAUUUCUAUCAGAAUUUUGGUAAGGAUUGCCCUAAUAAGGAUUACUUUUGGUGGAAUGGACAUCUGCACAAUAAUAAUUUUUCAGUCCAUGAACACAGAAUCUUUUUCCAUUUAUGUACAUCUUCUUACACUUCUUUCAUUAAUGUU